UGUUCUACUCCCACCGAGAAGGGUGGGCACCAGAGGGCGCUUGGCAAACAUUUCCUAGGUGAUAGACGGGAGGAAGGAAAGGGUGACAAGCACCAAGUCCUAGGGCGAGCUCGGGAUGGAGGCGGGCCCUCUGCACACCUGGGCUGGGCCUCUGCACCAGAUGUCCCUGCGGGGACCUGCGUGAGCUAGGGCGGGGAAGCGGCGGGAGAGCUCAGAGCCCGCCCUUUGCUGUACGCGGGACGCGGAGGGAUGGAGCUGGCACCGUCGGGGCGCACGGAAACCCGGAGCCCCCGAGACGCGAUGAGGAAGCAGAGCGCGCGCACGGCCGCGCUCAUCCUGUGCAUUCUGUCCUACCUGCUGGUGGGCGCCGCAGUCUUCGAUGCGCUGGAGUCCGAGGCCGAGCGCAACCGGCAGCGGCUGCUGGCCCGGAAGCGCAGCGAGUUCCGCAGAAAGUACGGCUUCUCUGCCGACGACUACCGAGAGCUGGAGCGCUUGGCGCUGCAGGCAGAGCGGCACCGCGCCGGCCGCCAGUGGCGCUUCGCAGGCUCCUUCUACUUCGCCAUCACAGUCAUCACCACCAUCGGGUAUGGCCAUGCCGCGCCAGGCACAGACUCCGGAAAGGUCUUCUGCAUGUUCUAUGCACUCCUGGGCAUCCCCCUGACGCUGGUCACCUUCCAGAGCCUGGGCGAGCGUCUAAACGCGCUGGUGAGGUGCCUGCUGCUGGCGGCCAAACGCUGCCUGGGUCUGCAGCGGCCGCACGUGUCCGCAGAGAACAUGGUGGUGGCCGGGCUGCUGCUGUGCGCAGCCACCCUGGCCCUCGGCGCCGCGGCCUUUGCGCACUUCGAGGGCUGGACCUUCUUCCACGCCUACUACUACUGCUUCAUCACCCUCACCACCAUCGGCUUCGGCGACUUCGUGGCGCUGCAGAGAGAUGAGGCGCUGCAGAGGAAGCCGCCCUACGUGGCCUUCAGCUUCCUCUACAUCCUGCUGGGGCUCACGGUCAUCGGUGCUUUCCUCAACCUGGUGGUCCUGCGCUUCCUCGCCAGCGCCGACGCCCCCGAGCGCUCAGCCCGCCGCGCCAGCGCAUUCCGCAAGGGGGCGCUCGAGAGCCGCGUCCGUGCUGCGUCCUCCACCUGCAUCUCUCACCGCAUCCAUCAGCUGGAGACCUGGGCCUGUGACAACCCAGCCUUCUCGCCUCCCUUGAGUCCAGAAGCCCUGCACCACUGCCACAGCAGCUCAGCCAGCCGCCGAGCACGGAGGAAGUCCAUCUGACAGUCCUUCCCUGGUCAAUGUCUAGCCCCGCCUGUUAGCAAACCCACCCUUCCUCUGGCUUGGAGGGGGUUGAGGCUCCCGUCACCAACUGUGGAUCAUCCCUUCUAGAAAUACAUGAAUGCUACACUAAAUGCACAAGCCGACUCUACAGUUACCCUGGAGGUGUAAACUGUUUAGUCUAAACUUGUAGGAAAAUGUGGCCUUCAGCUCCGAGGAGGGGUGACACCAGGUCACCCCUUCAAAGGAUGACGAGUGGUAGCUUCUGCUCUGAAGAGGACACACGAUAUCUUUGAGGGGAAGGGCAUAAUUUUAAACACUGAACCUGGAUGCUCAUGCUAGAAGCAUGAGAUAGGGACAGACUGAAGGCAGUUUAUGGCUCAGUGGGCAGUUUCUCCAUCGAUGACAGCAUCCCCUUUGCUCUGUGUGAAGAGUAGAAUUAGCCCAUGUAAAUGGUUGCCCUUACUGUCAAGCAAAGCCUUGUCCCUUUUGGAUGAAGGGAAUAGUCCCCCACCCCACCCCCCGCCGCCAUUACUAUCUAUAGGCAGCUCAGUGGCGUGUGAUAAAUUUCAUUCUGGGACCCACCCAUCACCAACAACAUGUCACUUCCCUGGACCCCAGCUUCUCCAUCCGUAAGUUCCUGUGCAGACCCCGCUUCACAGGGGCACCUGUGGGAGAGCUUCCUGAGGCAAGCUUCUGCUCAUAGGGGAUGUUUAUAAGCCCACGGCGAGGGGCCUUGGCAUCCUAGAGCGCUCACCCCUUAAAACACGUGUCCCUUCUCUUCCCAGAUAGAACUGUCUUGACGCAAGACAAGGGCAGAGCCAGGGUAGAAAAGCAAAAACUUUAAUUUCCAACAUGAGCUAUGUGGUCAUGAACACAAUGCAACGUGACCCACUCCAACUCAGAGGCCCCCCAAACCCGCCCUCCAAGAGGACACAGGGAGAGGUGGGUAGAUGGAGGGAGGCUCCCAGCCCACGGACUCUGGGGUCCCACCUUCCUGCCACCUUGUGGGGAGGACACAAGGGGCUCAGAGGAAACACCUCCGUCUGCUCCCAGCCUCCACCUAGCCCACACAGGCUCUCUUGCUGAGAUGAAACACCCUUGGAGCUUGCCAGGAAAGCUUGUAGAAACUCUCCAUCCACCAAGGGCCUGUUCCACAGACCCAGGCCCUCUUGGAGGGCCAAGAGAGCCAUCGCAAGGGACAGGAAGGGGGUUCAAGGCUCUGGGCCCAGAGUAGUGCUGUUGCUCAAUAAAUAAAUGCAGGUGACCUUGCCUGGUGCAA